CUUAAACGAAGACGAGUCGUCCAGUAAUCAUAAUAUCAUGGGGAACGCUCGGCUAUGACAACUCGCUCCACAGGGCACACGCUCGCGGUUGCCGUGCUCUUAGCUGCAGAGUGCGCGCGUGCGGGCAGCGUCUUCGGACUGGACUACAACGAGAAGGACUUCGUAGUUGCCAAACCAACAUGUGUGCACCGCUUACCACUUAUAGAAGUGAACCGAGUCGCAACCAAGGGGAUCCGCUCGUUCACGGUUUUGAAUGACACUUCAUUAGUAGAUGAACUCAAUAAGGAUGCGACACGUCGCCGCUAUGGGGAGAGCUUCGGCUACUGGGAGGACGACUCCAUCGCGCGUGGCACCUGGCGCGGGGGCAACGUUGGCGACACGCGGGCUGCCGUCACACCCUUCCUGGCGCACAAGCACUUUGGCGAGACGUACAAAUGGAUGUUGUACGGCGACGAUGACACACUCUUCUACAUGUCGGGCGUGAUCAAGCUGCUAGAGCAAUUCGACCCCGAGCAGCCGCUCGCCAUCACCGACAACAUCUGGUACUUCACGCAGCACCCCGCGCCCGCCGCGCCGCGCUGCCUGCCCUGCGGCUUCAACAUGUCCAGCAUCGUCACGAACCACACCUUUACGCCGCGCCCCGCCUGCCCCUUCUGCACGCGCGCCCUGGCGUGCGGUACCUACGCCCCUCGCUACCACUGCAAUGCCAGUCACGAGGAAGCGCUGAGGGAGCGGUUCGGGCCGCGGCUCUUCACCUUCCCACUCGGCCGGCAGGAUCAGGGUCAGGAGAAUGGCCAGGAUGCAGCGCGGGAGGACGUGGACAGCGCGGAAGCCCGAGAGAGGUUCGGCGAGGGCAUGCGGCAGGCUGGGGCGGCCUACGCCAAAUGGAUGGCUCAUCACGUGGAUCUCAAGGAGCGAUACCCGCGCGACUUCAAAUACAAACCCGCCAUGGACUGGGAGCAGCGCGACCCGCCGCAGCCGGGGGCGGCGGGGGCAGCAGGGGCGGCGGCGGGGCAGGAGGAGCCGGGCAAUGAGGACACAGACCCACAAACCUGGUACGGCGGACGGAGGCGGCAAGGGCGGCGACGGCAGCGGCAGCGGCGGAGAGGGCUGUUGCAGGAGGAGCAGGACGAGGAGGAGGAGGAGGGGGAGGAGGAGGAGGAGGAGGGGCGUUGGUGGCAACGAGGGCGGCGGCGCAGACUGGCGACAUGGGCGGAGGCAAGCAGCAUGCCAGGCCGGGUCGGAGGGGACUUCUUAAAGGAGGGUAAGGAGGGCGCGGCAGCAGUGUACGAUGUGGGUCAGUAUGGCGCUGGCGACGAGCACUGGGAAGAGGCGGGGCAGCAGUCUAGCCAGCAUCCGCACCAGCACCACCAGCACCAGCACCACCAGCAGCAGCAGCGGCGGCGCCUGGCGGGCAGCAAGCGGCCCAGCCAGCAGCGCUACAUCGACGGCACGCCCUGGCUGUCGGCGGCGCUGGGGCUGGACCUGUCCCGCGCGGGCCAGGAGGGCGGCGAGGCGGCGCGCGAGGCGCGGGAGGCGCUGUGGCUGCCCUUCCCCUACUGCGCCCGACAUGAGGAGCGGCUGCACGCCAAGCCCGCCCAGAGCUGCCUGGUGAGCAUCAGCGGCCACGGCGGCACCGGCAUCAUCUUCAGCGUGGGGCUGAUGCGCCUGAUUGCGCCCGAGGACGCCAUCGCCUUCAUCACCAAGCAGACCGGCUGCGGCGGGGGAGACUGCCUGCUGGGCAGGGCGCUGUGGUUCCGCAUGGGCAUCGGCUACACGGACCCGGGCACGCCGCUGCAGCACGGCGCCAGUCGCUACGAGCGGUACGCGCGCUUCGUGGACAGCAACACGCAGAUGCCGUCGCUCAUCACGUUGGCUGACCCGACCAAGGUGCUGCUCAACGCGCGCCGCGGCACCGCGCGCGCCCCCGCCUGCGACCGCUCCUGCGUGUGGCUGAUCGAACACGUGGUGGGCACACACGUGCGCGCGCAGGGCAAGAAGGUUGACGACACAGUGGCGGCCAUGCACAAGCACCUGGACACACACGCCGCCGCCUACGCCUGGAUCCAGGAGGCGCGGGCCGACCCUGACGUUGCGACGGGCAACGUAAGCGUGGCGCAGUGGGUGCGCGCGCGGUACGGGCCGCCACCGGGGCAGAAGGGGAAGGGGCGGCGGUAGCUAGAAGGGCAGGGGGCAGCGUUGUUGUACGGUACCGGUAUGUGUUUUUUAUAAGGAAAGCGCAAGGAGAGGGGUGCUGCUCGUGCGUGUGUUGUGGAGCACAAGGACUCGUAUGGAGCUGACUGGCUGAGAUGGUGGGUGGUGCGUAAGCGCGAUCGCGAGGGUGAAGCGAGAGUGAGCAAUGAGCGGCGGAGGGACGCGGUGAGGACGUGGAGUUCGAGGCAAGCGGACCCACAGCGAUGCCGGUUGCGCCGCGCUCCCUCCCCGCGCCAGCCUGAAAUUGCAGUCUGACUUCAGCUGUAAGCGUGCGGGAUU